AUGGACAGCCAGCGCUCCGUCGGGCCGCGGCAGGGAUGGAAACUGACCCACUCAGAGAAGAUGGGCAAUGUGGGCCAGAUCGUAUCUGUCAAACUGGUCAAUUUCAUGAACCAUGACCAUUUUGAGGUGCAUUUCGGGCCACACGUCAAUUUUGUUUCGGGUCAGAAUGGUUCUGGAAAGAGCGCCAUUCUCCAGGCGGUGCAGAUUUGCCUUGCUGUCAAGGCCCGUGACACAGGGAGAGGAACCAAUGUGUCGCAGUAUGUGAAGACGGGUACCUCCUCAGGCACAGUCCGUGUGAGUCUCUGGAAUUCGCCCGUUGAGGAUGCCUUCGAGCAUGACAAGUAUGGUGAUGUCAUUACUGUGGAGCGCAAGCUGCUGCGCACUGGGGGUGGCACCUACCACAUGCUCAGCUCCAAGGGUGUUCCGAUUGGGAAGGGGGCGGAGAGCGUCAAGGAUAUGCUUCGGCACUUCAAUAUCGACUGCAGCAACCCAAUAGUCGUCAUGACGCAGGACUUCGCCCGGACGUUUCUGAAGCCCUCUGGCAGUCAGCUGGAAAGAAACCUGUUCAAGGUCUACAUGAAGGCGACCCAGUUUGAGCAUACCCUGGAAAACUUGAGGAAUGCACGGAUCCAUAAAGAGAACAUGAAGGCUGAUUCUGAUUUCCAAGGGAAGGAAGUGGAGGCUGCGAGGAAAGAAGCUGAGGAUUUGAGGCAACGAGUCGAGGAGCUACAGCAAGUGGAGGGCAUAGCGGAACGAAUUGAGGCCAUGUUCAACUGCUGCAUGCACGUCUCGCAAAAAGAAUUCGAGAAACGGCUUGCAGAGCUGGAGGCGAAGUGCACCCAGGAGAUAAAGCCUCGUCUGAAGGAGCUUGUGCGGCUCAGGGACGAGAAAAGGGAAGAGAUACGCAUGCUUAAGGACAGGAAGGGAGCAGAGGCCAAGCGCCUGUCUGCACUGCAUGAGAGAGUGUCAGGUGCUUCUGAGCUGAAAAAGCAGAUGAAGGAGCAGACAAAGUUUCUUACUAACAUGAAAACCAGGAAGGCACAUGCAAUUGACAGGCUGACGAAAGAUAUUGCCAAUAUGGAGGAAGAGAAGAAGGGCAUUGAAAAGCAGCUUGCAACGUUUCAUGAAGACUUUGCUGCAAGUAGAGCGACUGCUGAGCAGGAAUAUCAAAGGCAGCUGUCCCAGGCACAGGAGCAGUACAAUGCGUCCAAGGCAGAAAUGAUCAAGGCGAAACAGGCAGCCAGCGAGUUUGCGGAGGCUGUCGCUGUAGCAGAAGCAAACGUGAGCAGAGUAGCUGAGGAAGUGACGAGAGCAAGGCAAUAUGUUCACAACAAAGAACAGCAGUUGGAGAAGCUCAAGAAUGCCCAGGGCAACAGGGUAGCUAUUUUUGGUGGACCGGCGAUGGUAGAACUUGUCCGGCGAAUUGAUUUACACAAGAGGGAGUUCCACAAUGCGCCGCUGGGCCCCAUCGGAUCGCUGCUGUCCCUUGACAGCAAGGACAUGGCCCUUGCAGUCCAGUAUGCAAUCGGCCAGCUGUUCAGGAAUUUCAUCGUGUCUGACAGGCAUGAUGAGAUGGUAUUCAAGCGCAUUAUGCAUUCUUUAAAUAACAGAGCGCUGACCAACACCGUGCAGUGCUACAACUACAGCUUUGACAGGCCACCAUACAGCGAUGUCCGGCAUCUUGCACUUCCUGAAGGCGUGCAGACGGUUCUUGAUGUGCUUAAAAUCACAAAAAUCCCCAAGUGGCACAUCGUCCAGAACAUUCUGAUCGACUACGGGAACAUAGAAGCCGUCGGGUUGUGCAAACAGGAGUCGAUGGCAUUUAGUGCCAUUCGGGGGCACGCAGGGCGCCAGUUGUCAUGCGUAUUCUUGCCAGAUGGCCGCAAGGUCUACAAGAAGGGCAACAUGGAAGCCACUGUUCACUCUGGGCUAAGCUUAACGGCAACGCUGGGCAAAGACAUGAGCGAGUCAAUACAGGAACUACAGCAGCACAGAAUGGAUGCGAUUGCUGAACUCCAAGCUUUGGAGGAUGAAAAAUGCGGCUUGCUGAGAGAGCUGCAGAAGGCAAGGGAGCAAAAGGACCGAGCUUUUCAGACCAGCACCCAGGUGGAGAACUCCACGUUCCAUCUGGAGUCCCAAGUUGAUAUGUUGACCACCACUGGCCCUGCUGUGGAGAAUACUGGAGAAGGCGCUGUUGCUGAAAUGAGCAUGGCCAUCAACGACCUUGAUGAUUCAAUCCGCCAGAAGAAGAGAGAGGUUGAGGCAUCUCAAAUUGAGCUCGAAGACGCCAGCAAACGGCUUGAGGAAGUGAAAUUGGAGUACAAGAGAAGCCAUAAUGAAGCAGCAAGUGUUGCAGAGGAAGUUCAGAAGAUGGAAGACAGCAUGUAUGAAGCUGCCACUGCAGUGACUGCGGCGGAGAGAGAUCUGAAGGAGCUGGAGAUGCUCGCUCAAGAGAAGCAGGCGGAGGCCCAGGAGAAAGAAAAUGAAAAGGCGGCUGUGGAAGUGAAGAUCAAAGAUGUGCAACAGGAAAGCAGAAAGCUGGGCCUUGAUUCCGAAGUCAUCGAGGCGUCCAGAUCCGCUGUGAUGGAGUGGCUACAGGCGACAGCAAGUCAGGGUGUGCACAUCGACGACUUCUUCACAUCUGACAAUCUUGAACUGGAAAUCAAAAAGCAGGAGCGGUUGAAGCGGAAGAAGGAAGCCAUGGGGGGAGGCAACCUACAUGAGCUUAAGGACGCCAAGGAGGCUAAGGAAGCCAAACUGUCGCAUGCAGAGAGACUGCACAAGAACAUUUGCAAGGUGGUGUGCAAGACGGAGGAGGGCCUGAAGAAGCGCGACGAUAUCUACGAGAACAUGACUUUCAAUGUGGAUGAAGCGAUUGGGAUGGUGUUCGAGGAGAUGAUGGACAUGAGGGGCAACCACGGCCGGCUCAACAUUGACCACGGGAGGGCGGUGAUCGAGCCAAAG